AGGGAAAUAUUUAAAUACCCCAAGAAGAAAAAAAUAAAACUCAGGCAACAGCUCCUUUUACCUGACGGGAGAGAAAAACAGAGAAAGCCGGCAAGUAAAAAGGGGCAGAGCGGCAACGAAAAUGACACCCCAAAAUUUACCCAAUUUCUACUAGUCCAUUUGUUUUCUUAAUCAUUUAUUUCCCCUCUGAUUAUAUUCUAUAUUGCUCCUAAUCAUCUUAUUAUUCCCAAAUAUAAACACCCACUUACAAAACCUUUCCAUUCCUCUGCCACUAUUUUUUUUUUUUAUUCUAUAGUCAUUCUUCAUAAUCUUAAAAAUCUUUUUUCAUAUUCUUGUUUUGGGCUUUCCAAAUUUUGUGGCAUUUUCCUUAAAAUAAUACACCCAGAAAUAGUUUCAAUUCUUUCUUCUUUUUGUUGGAAAAAAUAAAAUAUUUUUUUCGUUUCAUUUUUUUUUUCCUGUAGUGAUCUUGUAUAUUUUUUUCUCUCUUCCUUCCCCUUUGAAGGGGGGGCCAUUCCAUCUUUACAAAUAUAUAAUUUCAUCUUCUUAAUUCAAUUAUUUGAUCACCAUAAAUUCCUUUUUCUGGGUCAAAUAGUUAUCAAAAUUGUAAUAGAUGAUUAUGAGGUGUUUUUCAUGUAUAAAUACACCCAGAAAGAGGUUUAAUUUUGAAGAUGAGAGGCUCUUUAAUCCUGACUCUCCCUCUUAUUCUGACUCUCCAGAUGGGAAGCAAAAAUCACCCUUUGCUCCUGCAGAUUUUGAGAAGCGAACAGUGUCUUUGGAUGAUAAAUCAAAGGUGGUUGAUAGGAUAAGUGCUUACUCUGCUCUGAGCUUCACUUUCCGGGAACUUGCCAUUGCGACAAAGUAUUUUAGGGAGACUCAAUUGAUAGGAGAAGGUGGUUUUGGGAAGGUGUAUAAGGGUCGUCUAGAUAAUGGGCUGAUCAUUGCUACAAAAAGGCUCAAUUUGGACAGCCUUCAAGGCAAUCAAGAAUUUAUUGUGGAAGUUUUGAUGUUAAGUUUGCUGCAUCAUCCCAACCUUGUGACCCUCAUUGGCUAUUGUGCUGAAGGAGAUCAGAGACUCUUGGUUUAUGAGUAUAUGUCCAAGGGCAGCUUGGCCGACCAUCUUUUUGGGACUGAGAAUGAAAAAAGUGUCCUUGAUUGGAGCACGCGGAUAAAAAUUGCUGCUGGCACUGCACGGGGAUUAGAGUAUCUGCAUUGUGUAGCAAAACCACCAGUGAUAUAUCGCGAUCUCAAGUCAGCCAACAUCUUGUUGGACAAUGAAUACAACCCAAGGCUCUCAGAUUUUGGACUAGCAAAGCUCGGUCCUGUGGGUGACAAUACUCAUGUGUCAACAAGGGUGAUGGGAACUUAUGGCUAUUGUGCUCCGGAAUAUGCUUUAAGUGGAAAGCUCACCCUUAAAUCUGACAUCUUCAGUUUUGGUGUAGUCUUACUAGAAAUUGUCACAGGAAGGAAAGCGUUUGACAUUUCAAAGAGGCACGGUGAGCAGAGUCUAGCUGCUUGGUCUCGCCCCUACUUGAAAGAUCGACGGAAGUACUUCGAGUUGGUCGAUCCUCGACUAAGGGGAAAGUUCCCUAGUCGGUCUGCCCGUCACUUGAUUGCUAUCACUACCAUGUGUUUGAAUGAAGAACCAAGCCAAAGGCCACCAAUAAGUGAAAUUGUGCUGGCACUUGAUUUCAUUGUCAAUGAAUGCAGGUCAUCGAGUACCUCAUCAACUGCCCAAAGUACACCUACGCAUUCCAGUCCCUUGUAGUCGCAACAGCCGGUUAUUUCUUCUCUCCAAACAGCCUCUCCCCAAAGUAGAGGUAUAGGAGAGCAGAAAUUUUUUCAAUAGAAUUUCAAUGAGAUGAAUGCUUUAGCACGUUGCAUUUGUAUGUUCAUCUCCUAAUGGCUCAGUUGUGAGGACAAGUAACAUACUAGGAAGUGAAACACAGAAAAACGGAGAGGGGAAAUUGAGCAACUUUUUUAUGUAUAAGAUGGAAAGGAUGAAUAUUUAUAUAUAUAUAUAUAUAUA